AUGUUGCGUUGUCUUACAUUAGUAUUAUUUUUGGCUACAUUGGUAUAUAGUCAUGAUCCUUUACGAAAUGAAUAUAUACGUAUAAAAGCUCAAUCAUCUGGCAUGAAUCCUUCGAUUGAAGUACCUAAAACUCGUCGUACAUUAUCUGUUAAAGCUGCUGAUCAAGCUGCAAUCGAUCCUAAUCUAUUUUUUCCACCAUUACCAGGACAAUCAAAUAAUGAUUUUCAUCCACAAUUACGUUCAUUACCAAAGGAAAAUGAUACACUUUAUUAUUAUUCAUGGCAUAUACAUUCUUAUUUCUUUCAUGAAAAUGCUAAUGUAACUGCACGUGCACUUGCUAUUCGAACAGAAUUUAUGAAAUAUUUUAAUAUUGAAAAAUGUCUUGGAAAUUGUUUUAUGGGAGGAAUAUUUGAUAAUUGUACUCGUAUGUGUGUAUGGGAUCCAGUUAUGGGUGUUGAUGGACCACAUCCAUAUGGACAAUGGGGUGUUUAUUUACCAAAUGAAUUACUUCAGGAUACUCUUGCAUGGAUGUCAGAAAAUCAUGGUGAAUUUGAAGUAUUAUUUCAUCCCAAUACAGGAUUGAUGGUUGGUGAUCAUGAUAGUGACCGACGAGCAAUGUGGAUCAAACAAACAGUUCCACUUGAUUUAGAUUUCUUAAGAUGGUUACAAUGCAAAUGGUUUGGAUGCAGUGAUCGUUUUUAA